AAAAAAUCAAUUCCUAAACCUAUGAAAGUUACUUUAAAGAGGUUGAAUGGAUCGCAGAAUAUGUCUCCUGAAUAUUUAAAUGAGGUAAAUUUUAUAUCCAAAUAUAAUAAUAUGAUUAUAUGUAAUUCAUUCACUAAUUUUUUUUUCAAUAAAUCAUAGCUUAAAGUAUGUUGGAAUUUAUACAUCAAGUUAAAAGAAUCAUUAUUACCAUUUUAUGGAAUAACUAAGGACCCAGAGACUAAGGAAUUUAUGAUUAUUGAAAAAUAUGCAGGACAAGGAAAUUUAAGAAAUAUUCUUUCAAAUAACUUUAACAAGAUUUUAUGGAAAGAUAAAAUUGAAUUAUUAUGUUAUUUAGCAUUAAACCUUAAAAAUUUACAUGAAUUGGAAUAUUAUCAUAAAAAUAUUCAUAGUGGAAACAUCUUAUUUUACGAUCAUUAUUAUAAGAAAUCAUAUAUUUUAGAUUUUGGAUUAACUGGACCAGUAAAAGAACAAAAAGAUAAUGUAAUAUAUGGAGUAUUACCUUAUAUUGCUCCUGAAGUUUUAAAUGGGGAACCAUAUACAUCAUCAUCUGAUAUUUAUAGUUUUGGUGUAAUUAUGGCUGAAUUAUCAUCCGGAAAACCACCCUUUCAUGAUAGAAAACAUAAUGCUAAUUUAUCAUUAGAAAUAUGUAAUGGUCUUAGACCAGAAUUUGGAAAAGAAACUCCGGAAAUUUAUAAGAAAUUAGCUUAUAGAUGCAUGAAUGCUAAUUCAAAUCAAAGACCAAUAGCAACUCAAUUAUAUGAGAUACUGGAGAUUUGGAAAGAUUCUAUUAAUUGUAAAAAUUUUGGUUAUAAAAGGAAAGAAAUUAAAGCUAUAUUUGAAGAAGCUGAUAAAGGAAUACCGGACAUUUCAACCUCACAUAAGAAGGAUCCUGAUGCGGUAUAUACUAGUAGAACAUUUAAAUUUAGCAAUUUACCAAAACCUGUUAAUUUAUCUGUUAUUGCCUCAUAUCUUAAUGAUGAAGAAAAUUAUCAAAAUUGUCAUGUCAGCUAGUUAGUUGACUUAGCCACUUAGGUCAUAUACAAUUAUAAUAUAUUUAACUUAGUUUAUUGUUGUUAUAUAUGUUUUAAAGUAGUACAUUUUAUAUUAUUUGUUAUAAAUUUAUUUAAAUUUAUAGAUGUUUUUAGGUAAAUUAGUAUUUAUAUAUUAAUUUAUUGGCGAACUUGUUUAAUAAUUAU